AUGCGUCUCUCGGGCCUGCAGAAGGAGGUGCUGGCGCUAUAUCGCCAGUGCCUGCGCGAGUGUAGAAGGAAGCCUCAGAGCACGCGAGCUCACUUUGAAAAGUUUGUGAGAGACGAAUUCUCGCGGAAUCUGGCCAUUGAUAAGCGCGAUUUCGCUGCUGUCGAGUUUCUGCUUCGCAAGGGCCAUCGGCAGCUAGACGUCUACUCCUCGCCUGGUAUCAAGGAUAUCAGGUAG